AUGGCUCGUCGAGGCAGCUUAGACUCGAUGUUCAGCGAUCUCUUGCAGGAGGUAUCCAACUUUGACUGUUUUUCUACUCAGACUUUCUCAGACCUACACGCUGGAGAUCUCGCAGAAUCUUCGCCGGACUCACAAGUACAGUAUCUUACGAUCACUGCUGGGAUCGUAAGCCACUUUCAACGUCUUUUCCAGGCUAACGUUUGGGCCAAAAAAGAUCGGAUAGGAAGUGGCACUAUAAGGAUGACACACGUGAACGGCCGACGGUUAGAGGACAAGGACGACUACGCUAUAGAGGCUUGUCUGGAACAAUUAGCUCGUGCCAUAUCCGCCCAUGUGACAGACAUACUGAUCGAUCGACUUGGUAUCGAAGAGCGAAUCGCCCAGAGGAAUGAUUCCGAGACUCAAAGUUCUUCCCGAACAUUGUCUACACCACGAUCAUUGCCACAAAGCCCCACACUACGUCCACGAAGUCGAUUACCUCGACCGAUGAGCAGUAGUGCAACCCGACAAACACAGCUACAGCCCCAGUCACAGUACGACAGAAAAUGUCUGCGAGUUAGAGGUGAUGGCACGCUGCUUCGUUACCACAGCGAGAAUCGCCUGAACCGUAUCGAACCAGCUCCUGAUAACAACGAAACUCCGCUGGAGAAUCGAGCAAGUCGCCUGCGACGAGCGACUAGAGGUGAUGGCACGCUGCUUCGUUACCACAGCGAGAAUCGCCUAAACCGUAUCGAACCUCCUCCUGAUAACAACGAAACUCCGCUGGAGAAUCGAGCAAGUCGCCUGCGACGAGCGACCGUUGGAAAAAAACUGGCCGAUCGAGGUGAUUCACCAUACAUUGGGAGGAAUCAACGACAACGACUACAAAGUUCUUUUCAGAACAAUAAGCCCAGUGGAGCUCAUUCCACAUCUUAUCUUGACUUGUUAAAAUAA